AUGGCGCGAAGGCCUAGCGAUGCCUUCUCCCAGUACAGCGCCGGCGCCGGCGACGCGGUGUCAUGUCGCCCGCGACGCAUGUCGAUGGAGGAAGACAUGUUCUACCGGGAGGUCAUGACGUCGCGGCCCGCCCAGCCUCCGAGCUAUGACUCUGCUAUGAAGGCGGUCAUCGCCUCCCAGAGGAGGGCGCUGGCUGCUGCUGCUGGGCAAGGAGGAGCUGUGGGACACAUCGCCGAGGAUGUGUUGCCGCAGUAUUCGUGUGGAAUCCAUAUGGAAGGAGUGUUUAUGCGCAAGAUGGAGAUUGAGGAGACGACAAAACGAGCCGAGUACCGCGACUGGAGGAUGGUGUAUGUCGAGCUGCGGGGUACCGCGCUCAACGUUUAUUCGGUCAAAAAGGAACGAGGGUGGUGGUCGUCGACAAAGCAAGAUGGCCCGGACAUCUCGCCCGACAACCCGCCGUGGGUGAAGAAGUCGACGCUUGAAAAGAGUUACAGCUUGCUCCAUGCGGAUGCGGGGAUCGCUGCCGACUAUAGAAAGCGACGAUAUGUUAUCCGCAUGAGGGUAGAAACCGACCAGUUUUUGUUGUCCUGUGUGGAGAUAGGGACAUUCGUCAAUUGGCUGGACGGGAUAUUCGCAGCUAUCAACGUGUCGCCUCCGAUUGAUGAGCGCGAUUUUCCGCGGGAUUUCAGUAUUCCGCGAAUUCAAAGGAUACGAUGGUUACGUGGACACCGGCCACAACCCGAAGACAGCAUCGGGUUUCAACGAUUGACGGAACAGCGAAGGCAGGAUGGGAGCGAUGUAGACGAAGACGGUGACGACGGCGUGGAAGGCGGCGAGCCGGGGGAUCUCGACUAUGAAGGAGACGACAAUGGGUAUGGACCGCGGACCGACCACCCGAUUGUGGGCCGACUUUCGACGACGUCGUAUCCGAAUGAGAACAUCGACCCCGACACGGGCAAGUGGCGGCCACAACACGGAUGGAGCACGACCCACGACCAGUUGUAUGCGCGACUAUGCUACAGCGUGCUGCUGUUCAAGAGCCCGCGCAAGAGCAACUAUGUGAUUGCGCGUGGCAAGCGCUGGUACGUCGACUGGGGCACCGGCCGCAUGAUCCGGGUGCUACCGCCGGCGUAUGGCGAGGUGGACGUCAUGGGGCCUUGGCAGGUCAUCAUGCCAGAGAACAGGCUCAUUUAA